AUGAUGUUGCUCGUGCCGCCCCACAGCCAGGAGUGGUUGUCGCUGCUCGUCCCGUCCGUCCCCCAGAAGAGCUGCAUGAUGUUGCUCGUGCCGUCCUGCCGCCUGGAGUGGCUGACGUGGCUCGUCUCGACCAUCCCGAAGCAGCUCUGCUUCCUGCUCGUGCCGUUCCGCCGCCUGGAGUGGCUAGCGCUGCACACCACGACAACCAUGAAGAAGCUCUGCAUGUUGCUGCACGUGCCGUCCCGCCGCCUGGAGUGGCUGCUGCGGCUCGCCCCGACCAUCCCCACGGAGUGGCGCAUGAUGAUGCUCGUGCCGCUUUGCCGCCUCGUGUGGCUUUUGCUGCUCGUCAAGCCAUGCCCGAAGAAGCCCUGCAUGCUGAUGCGCGUGCCGUCCCGCCGCUUGGAGUGGCCGACGCGGAUCGUCGUGACCAUCCCGACGACGCCCUGCAUGACUGGCCAGCUCCUGACAUGCCGUUCCUUCGCCGCUCGGACCUUCUGCAACUACGUGGCUGCAGUACGAAUCUUGCGUGCUGUGUCGAUGAUAUGUUGCAACGUGCUGCUGAGCGCCAGCAUGAUGAUCGUGGAUUCUCGCCGCUCGGAGUGGCGUCUGAGGCCCCCGCCCGCUUUUUGUAGCAAUGUGCCCCCUGCCCCGCUCGCCUCUUCCCGCUUGUCGCCCUUGGCUCUGCCUCCCAUCCCCGCGUUUCCUGCAUUUCAGCGCACGCACGAAUACACAUCCGCUCUCCGCGUGUCUGGCCCCGCGCUCCCCGCAGCGCGUGAGUUGCUUGUGCGCCUGAGCACCACCACAGCUCACGUAUGGAAGUAG